AGCAAUAUAGAAAAAUGUCUUCAGAUAUGGACGGGACUAUGCUCCUGGGAGUGGAAGGCAUUAAGAAAACCAUCCUGUAUGGAGGGACAGCUGAGAUGCCCCGGUUCAUUACUGGGACCAAGGUGACCUUCCAUUUCCGUACACAGCUGUGUGAUGAUGAUCGUACGGUGAUAGAUGACAGUAAGGUGGCGGGCGUGCCAAUGGAGGUGGUGAUCGGGAACAUGUUCAAGCUGGAGAUCUGGGAGACCCUGCUCACCUCCAUGAGGAUCGGAGAGGUGGCCGAGUUCUGGUGCGAUGUCACCCACACUGGCCUCUACCCCCUGGUGGCCAAGAGCUUGCGGCGCAUCGCGGAGGGCAAGGACCCUGUGGACUGGCACAUCCAUUCGUGUGGCAUGGCCAACAUGUUUGCCUACCACACCCUGGGCUAUGAUGACCUGGACCAGCUACAGAAGGAGCCUCAGCCUCUCUACUUUGUACUGGAACUGGUCAAGGUGCAGCAGCCCAGUGAGUAUGACAGGGAGUCGUGGGCUCUGAAUGAUGAGGAGAGACUGAAGGCUGUGCCCUUGCUCCACGGCCAGGGGAACAAGCUCUACAAACAGGGGCGCUACCAGGACGCCACCAACAAAUACAAAGAGGCCAUAGUCUGCAUCAAGAACAUACAGCACAAGGAGAAAGCAUGGGAAGCCCCCUGGCUGAAGCUAGAGAAGAUGGGGAACAUGCUAACUCUCAACUACUGCCAGUGUCUGCUCCGUAUGGAGGAGUACUAUGAGGUCAUAGAGCACACCAGUGACAUCAUCAAUCAGCACCCAGGUGAAAUGAAGGCGUUCUACGUGCGAGGGAAGGCCCACAUCGAGGUGUGGAACGAAGCUGAGGCGCGGGCUGACUUUGAGAGGGUUCUAGAUCUGGACCCUGGCAUGAAGAAGGCUGUUAAGAAGGACCUGGGUGUCCUCAACAUGAGGAUGGAGGAGAAGAAUGAGGAGGAUAAAGUCAAGUACAAGGGCAUGUUCUGACAUGGCCCAGGAGAUAUGGAGGGGGAGGGUCAAUGUCAAAGUGGACAGCACAGAUGGUGCUGAGAGAGAGAGAGAGAGAGAGAGAGAGAGAGAGAGAGAGAGAGAGAGAGA